GAUAUCAUUUACUCUAGAACCCCAUCUGGAGACACAUUGAUUCAUUCAACUACAACUACUGCUCGCAUUUACUCCAGCACCUCAUCUGGAGACACAUUGAUCCAUCCAACUAGUACAACCACUGCUCACAUUUUUUCCACAAAUCCAGCUGGAAGCUUGUCAAUCCAUCCAACUAUCCCAGUAACCGCUCACAUUUACUCUACAACCUUAGCUGAAAGCAUGUCAGAAUAUCCGACUAUUAGUCUCACUUAUCCUACUGUGCCGAGGGUAUUCCCAAAUGCUAUUAAUGAGGAAAACACCAUGCACCUCCCGGAUGAGAAAACUGGUUCAAAAAUCCACAAAGUGAAGGCAAGCAAUUUCCUUCAAAUCCAACAGAUGCCUCCAAACUCUAGAAGCCCAUCUGCAUCUCUCCCCAUGAGCACAACAUCAGAGUUAGAAAAUGAAGACAUUAGUUCUUUUGAGGAGGAAGAGGAAACAAGCAUUGCAUCUGCAAAGGAGAUGAAUGAGUACUUGGUUCCCACGAGUGUAGAUCCGACAUCUCGACUUGGCGUCGAAACGUUCCUACUGACAACUGCCAAGCAGGAGUUCACAGGCAUGCUUUUAACAGCGUUACCAAAGGCCAACAAAGAGAUUCAUCCAACAGAGAUCAGCUUUACUUUGGACACAGAUGGGCUGGAUAUCUUCCACAUGCCUGAAUCACAGUUCAGCAAUGUUUUAGGAGAGAACGAUACGUUGGAAGUAAGUUCUACAGAAGAAUCUUUAGUCACCUCCAUGCUACGACCCCACGACUACCCACUUUCACAACCAGCUGAAAGCUUUAAACAAGAAGAAUCCAUUUACAACCAAGUAUCUAUUUACUUUGACACCAGAAACACUGACAGAAUCCAUAAUAUCAGUUGGGACACAAACCAAGUCUUUCGUCACAACAAGUACAGCCAUAAUUCCCAAUACAACCCAACUCAUUGGAACAACAACAGCACGUACUACACUGUCGACAGCUGCUACUACUACUUGGCGUACUUCGACUACUUCAGCUACUACGAUGACGAAUACUACUACUAUUACUACUACUACUACUACUACUACUACUACACCUGCAAUAAAGUCAACACCCAGUUAUCUCUUACCAGACAAUAA